ACACAGUGGCGGGCUGGGCUCUGCUGGAUUUCAUUGUCCUCGUGAAAAAAACGAGCUUUCUGUGAGACAGUCUGGAGGAGUUGAUGAAGACUGCGCAUGAAAGGCUUUGUGUUGGAAUAGAGUGAACAGCUGGGUCUGGCACAGCCUGGAGACUAUUCAUUUCAAAUGAUCAGGAUGUUAUGUGUCCUCAAACUAUGAACAAGCUGCUAAAGGAUCCGAGAAAUACAGGCAAGUUUCCAAAAGUCACCGGCUGCUGGAUUGUUAAAUGUGCUGCAGUCAGAGCAGCUGAAUGAAAUGGACUCGGUUACACUGUGACUUUCAGUUUCAUUGACGACAGUGUGUAUGGUGAGCUGGUGUGUGUUGUAGAGGAAUGCAGCAGCGCGGUCAGUCAGACGCAUUCCUGUCUCUUUGUAGCCUCCAAACAGCAGACACAAUUUUUCGGGGAGGUAGUUGAACAGUUCACGGCUGUCCAUUGUUAAGUCCUCUGACAGGGUUUGACCAGGAGCAGCAGCUCUGGGCUGACCUGUGCUAUGAAGACCCAGAAGGCCCAAGGUGUUACAUCAGCUUCGCCUCCCAGCCGACGGAAGUCUCGCUUCACCUUACGAGGCAGAAAGAAAAAGGACAGGGUGAUCCAAGGCAAGCUUCGCAUCCGUUCCCUGCCUGGAGCCUUUCUUGUGCUGGGGGUAAUUGUGGUGGUUGUUGGCACGGCUCUGGCUGUGGCGGGAUACUGGCCCUAUCGGAUAUCGAGAUCAUCCAUCCUGGGAGCUGCAGAGGGGGAAAGCAUCUCUGAGUCACAGAGCUCUGGCUGGAGUCUGGGAGCUAAGGGCCUCCUAUCCACAGCUGGCCUCAUCCACAGUGAGCGGAUGAAGCUGCUGGGACCUGUCAUCAUGGGAGUUGGUCUCUUUAUCCUCAUAUGUGCCAACACAGUCCUUUACGAGAACAGGGACAGAGAGACUCAGAUGCUUCUGGCUCAAAUGCGCAGUGUAAUCUGCUCUGUGUCUGCGGCUGUUCCCUCUGCAGACCUUAAAGAAAUUGCAGCAGCCAACUCGAUGGCAAAACACUACCAGUGGGUGAGCAGUUUACCAGCUGCUCAUCUCAACAUCCUUUGUCUGCAGCAGCUGGCCAGCUCUGAGCCCCUGCUUCAGACCAGAUAUCUCAGAGACCAGAUUGAUGGUUUGGAGGGCAUCUACCAGCAAGCUGUUCUCCAGACUGAAGCUCUUCACCACCAGGAGUCAGAGCCUCCACCUUCUAACUCCAGCUCAUGUAAUUCCAGCGAGACAAACUUAAACACAGAGUCUGGUGCUGAGCACAGGGGCAGCACCAGCUUCAAUCUGCAGCCCGCUCCACUCGUCAAGCUCAGCAACUGCCUGGUGUCUGCCAGCUCCAUGUCUACCCUAGACGAGGUGGAUACCCCAGCUGUCAAGCAAAGGCGCUGCCACAGUAUGAGCUACAGGACUAACCCUUAUAUAGCCCAAAAUGGUGUGCGUCUGGAGGAUGGACUCCACACAGCCGGCAAGGAGGCUGAAAUAAAUCAGCUGGUAGUCACAAGCAGAGAGGCUGGUUCACAGGUUUGCGUGAACAUCCCCUGGCAGGUUGUGGAUGCUGCAGAGGAGCAAACUCACAGAAGCUGGCCUCAAUUAGACCUGGGCAGUGGGAGACGAUACCUCAAACUAGAGAACAAAGAGGACUCAGUGGACAAACUGCUUGUCCAGUUAGAGCAGCAUUGUUCUCAGUGGGAUAAGAAUUUUGGCUCUGGACCUUUCCAGUGAUGGCUGCUGGUGACAGUUCUGAUGACCCUGAUAACUGAGGAUCAUACUAAUAUUUCCCCUGGAUUUUAAACUGCACUAUAUGUUUUUAGUUUUUUUUCUGCUUGGGGCAGAGAGAAAGUGAGCCCCGGAUCAUUUGGAAUACAGUAAUUCUCACAAGGAUCUUCCGAUCAUUCUCAAUCUUCAGUGGAAUAUUUAUACACAGAGGUUAUGGUCUUUGCUUGUCCUCCAAUUGGAUUUGGCAAAUGUUUUAUAUCACUGAAGGAACAAUAAACAGACCAUACACUGUCACAGAUGAGCAAAGCAAUUUGACAGACUGUUUACCUGCCAGAAAUCAACUUGCAUCUCAAUGCCAAAAUGGGUUUGCCUGUUUCCAGGACACAGUGUGCACAGUCUAGUGAAGGAGAGAUAGAAGGGUGGUUGUUUUCACUGUGCAAUCAAUUUUGAACCAAACCACCUGGACUCCUAAGUCCAUAAAGUGCUGACAGCUUUUGACAAAUGCAGCUACUAUAUAAAAAUGGGAUUUUUUUUUUCCUCAGCUGAGGUACUCGAAAUGCAAUGCAUGGCAGUGAUGUACAGUAUGUUACAUCUUAAUACUUACGGAAAAUAAUGUCAUUGUUUGUUUUUAUGUAUAUAAGAAGUAAUGAUAGUUAAAAGGUAUGCUGAUUUAUUACAACUUGGGUCUUAAUUUCUUAGGUUUAGACAUUAUUUCUACAGUAUCUUUUAGAAUAACAUUGUACUCUCCAAGCUGAUUGCUGAGAUCUGGGAUGAUAUCACCACAACUGUCUCUAAACUGUAAUGGAUGUUCGUAAUGGUCACUUUGGAUAAUAAUAUAUGAUUUGCCUUUGUAUUGUUAUGAACAGAUUAUCAUGCCCAUCAAUCCUGGGCACUAUUUUCACUAAGGACCCUUACCAACACAGGCAUACACACCCAUGUGUGAGCACCGCAGCAUGGAGUCCUGCACGGGUCCAUUUUUGAAAACCCGCACCCACCCAUAGCCAAAAACUCUGUACCAAAACCGAUCUGUUACCAGUUAUGUCUAGGUCAAAGCCAUACCCGCGCACACCCAUUAAUAAAAGUCCUAUAUCCCAACCCGAUUAAAGACACACAGGUUACAGUCACUCACAUUAAGCUGGAUUCUCCUUUCUUGAAUUACAAAUCCAGCGGAGGAAAAGUCUCUU